UUAGGAUUGAGAGAGCAGGCAGCUGGGACCCACACAGAACUUAGCUGGAUUCUGAGUGCAGGCUGUUCUGACAUGACGUUGGCUGUGCUCUUCUUAGGGGCCCUGCUGGGACUCCUCGCAGCCCAGGGAGCUGGGGUCGACUCUCCUCAUAAAAAAUCAGCCACUCUGCUGCCAUCCUUCACGGUGACACCUACGGCUACAGAAAGCACCACCAGCCACAGAACCACCACUCCAAGAACCACCACCACAGGCACCACCAGCCAUGGGCCCACAACAGUCACUCACAAUCCUGCUACCACCACCAGUCACGGAAAUGCCACAGUUCAUCCAACAAGCAGCAGCACUGCCACCAGCCCAGGAUCCUCCACCAGAUCCCCCCACCCAGGGCCACCUCCACCCUCUCCAAGUCCUAGCCCGGGCUCCCAGGAGGCCAUAGGAGACUACACUUGGACGAACGGCUCCCAGCCCUGCGUCCAGCUCCAAGCCCAGAUUCAGAUUCGAGUUCUGUACCCAACCCAGGGUGGAGGAGAGGCCUGGGGCAUCUCUGUACUGAACCCCAACAAAACCAAGGCCCUGGGGGGCUGUGAGGGUGCCCAUCCCCACGUGCGCCUCUCAUUCCCCUACGGACAGCUCACCUUUGGAUUCAAGCAGCAGCCACAGGAGAGCACUGUCUACCUGAACUACAUGGCUGUGGAGUACAACGUGUCCUUCCCCCGGGCAGCGCAGUGGACAUUCUCAGUUCAGAAUUCAUCCCUUCGAGAUCUCCAAACGCCUGUGGGCCGAAGCUACAGCUGCAGAAACGCAAGCAUCAUUCUUUCAACAGCUUUCCACCUCGACCUGCUCUCCCUGAAGCUACAAGCUGCUCAGCUGCCCCCCACAGGGAACUUUGGACCAAGUUUCUCUUGUCCCAGUGACCAAACCAUCCUGCUGCCUCUCAUCAUUGGACUGAUUUUCCUUGGCCUCCUCAUCCUGGUGCUUGUUACCUUCUGCAUCAUCCGGAGACGCCCACCCGCCUACCAGCCUCUGUGAGCAUCUGUUCCAACACCCAGGGCACCAGAGGGUGCCCUUAUUUCUCCCCACUCAACUGACUCUAAGACAAAGUUUCUUCUUUCUCUGUCUUGAUGAACAAAAGUAGAGAUAAUGCAAUCGGGAGAGAUGUUUAUUAAAUAUGAUUGAUUUCCCUUCCCCUACUUCCAGAGAGAGAAUAGUAAACCUGCUCAAAUCUC